GACCUCAAACUCAAAGUCGAGUAAUUGCCGAUCUAAAACACAGGGGGUGAUUCAGAAAUCCCCAAAAUUCGACUAAAAACUAAAACCCUAGCCCUAAUUCAUCCUGAUUUUGAUCGCCGUAUAAAAGACUCGCAUUUUCUGGGCUUAGUAUGGCGGUUCCGGUGCUGGGUGGAUUUCCGAUCUUCAUGGUAGUGAGAGUUUUGGGUUUCAUCAUCGCGGCUUUGGUUUUGACAUGGACUGUUCAUUACAGAGGAGGCUUAGCUCUUUCUUCUGAUAACAAAGAUCACAUCUUUAAUGUUCAUCCAGUGAUGAUGGUGAUUGGACUCAUACUCUUCAAUGGAGAAGCUAUGUUAGCAUAUAAGUCAGUUCAAGGUACAAAGAACUUGAAAAAACUGGUUCAUCUUACACUACAACUCACAGCAUUUAUUCUAAGCCUGAUCGGAGUGUGGGCUGCUCUCAAGUUCCAUAUUGACAAAGGGAUCGAAAAUUUCUACAGUCUCCAUUCGUGGCUCGGCCUUGCUUGCCUCUUUCUCUUUGCAUUCCAGUGGGCUGCAGGGUUUGUGACUUAUUGGUACCCGGGUGGUUCAAGAAACAGCAGAGCCAGUUUGAUGCCAUGGCAUGUGUUCUUAGGGAUUUCCAUAUAUGCAUUGGCGUUGGUGACUGCAACCACAGGGAUACUUGAGAAGGUGACGUUCCUGCAAGUGAAUCAAGUGAUAACUCGGUAUUCCACAGAGGCAAUGUUAGUCAACACAAUGGGCGUUCUAAUCCUUAUUCUUGGCGGUUUCGUGAUACUCGGUGUGGUUACUCCGGUCAGUGGCAAGGAUCAAGUUCUCACACAAUAGAGUAAACCCUCGAAAAGAUCUCUUUCAACAUUUCGACCUAUCGAAACAUUGUUUAUUUAAGAGACAAUUUGUGAUGUAAUUGAGUCUUUUUGAACUGAUUUAACGAGCAGUGCAUAUAUGACUGUAAUACAAGUAAAGCAUGAGAACACGUGUAACCAAUGUUGAAGACUGAACCCAACAAAAAUUGGCAUAGAAUCUGAGAAAGAUUUGUAUCAACCUCCAUGAGAAGGGAGAGUAAGAGAAGCCUCACUCAUACAUCACAGACAAAGAAAAACAUCACCGAUAUCGAUAAAAUCUUCCCGGAGAGGCGGAUGAUGAAUCGCACUCUUCACAGAGUCAAAAGUUUCUAAAAACAAGUCAAGGCCAAAAAAAAUGAACCCGGUACUCAGGAAAAGAAGCGGAUGAGGGGAGGCAGUGCCGGUAGUUAUUCUAUCUGGGUUGUGAUGAGAAGAGCCUGAGCUAGAGGAGGGGGUUGGAGAAGAAGAGCUUUCGCAAAAAUGAGCUUUGCUUAGACAAGCAAGUGUUCUUUCUGAUAUUCUCUCACGAUGACAGGCACACUUGUGGGAGGUACCUGAAAACGAAAACAUUGCGUUCAAUGGUUUGAGAUUCUGAAUAAGUGGAGAAACUGUAUUUUAUAGGUCUGAGACUUCAGGAACCUAAUGCUAUGUUUUUAA